CAGUUACAUUAGAGAAAAGUAAACAAGCAAAGGACUACAACUUCCUCUCUCCCUUAUAAACAUUCAUUGGAUAUAGGUUCUAAGAUGUACACACGAAAAGAACGAAAAGAAAAGAAAAGAAAAGAAAAUGAUGUCCGCUAGAAAUGAGAUAGUAGCAGUGGCUAUGGUAAUGAUGAUGAGCUUCACAGUGAUGCUCACUAUGGCAUAUGAAUCUAAUAUGACUGAUGAGGCGUAUCGGUAUAAGCAAGAUGGGAUAUCUAUGGUUCCAAAGGGUUGUCCAGACAAGUGUGGCGAAGUUAGCAUUUACUAUCCAUUUGGAACCAGGAAAGGAUGCUAUUUGGGCGAAUGGUUCCACAUAAAUUGCACCACAUCCUCGGAUGGCGUGGAGAAACCCUACUUGAGUUUCUUCUCCAAUGACAGUAGCGUAAGAGAGAUUCUGGGCAUUUCCUUUGAGAGUCUGACAAUAACACUCAGACAGUCCAUCUCUCCUGUCUGCCAAACCACCACCGAUGGAAGCAAUAUCACCAUAAUUCCCGACACCAAAUUAUCCCAAACACCAUUCUUUUACUCUUACACUCACAACAAGUUCAUGCUUUUAGGUUGUGGCAACGCUCUCCUCACAUCGCCUGGUUACGAUAUACUAGGCGGAUGCACUUCCUUGUGUGGCAAAUUCACGGAACGUCAGAAUCUUUGCUACGGCAAAAACUGUUGUCAAUUCGAGCUUAACACGUACAAUAAUAUAAAAACAUACCAAGUCAACUUCACAAACUCGGUCGCCCUCAAUGCCUGCAGCUAUGGCUUCUUUGUUGAUCAAGAUUGGUUCGCUGAAAGCUUUCCGAGCAGCCGACAGGAAGAGGUAGUUGUUCCGGUCGUGUGGUACUGGACCAUCCCAUACCACUACUUGCCUCCAUCCAUCACCUCAGAUUACUGCUACAGUAGACGCUCUUAUUGGGAUUACUGUUCCUGCCCAUAUCCUAAAAAAGGGAACCCAUUAAUUGCAAAUGGAUGUCAUGGUACGUACGCCACUAAUUAG